AAGGUAGCGAUGCAUUCCCUUGCAAUUAUUCUUUUCGCCCUAGGUGGCAGCACUGCCGCGGUGAUGCCGAGUAUAAGUUCUAGCUCAAGGCCAGCCUCACCAACCGGAACCUCCUUUCCGUCUGGAUUCGACAUGAAGACAAGCUGGGGCAACCUAAGUCCAUACUCUGACUCGAUCGGAUUUGGCAUUGAAAAGGGGUUCCCUGCCCAAUGUGAGCUGUCUCAGGUGCAUGUGCUUCACCGUCAUGCACAGCGAUAUCCAUCUUCGUGGCCCACCGACGGUGGUGGAAUGGAGACCUUUGCUAGUAAAGUUGCCAACUAUUCUAAGCAGAACCCCGACAAGAAGGUCGGCUCGGGGCCGCUUUCCUUUUUGAACGAUUGGGAGUACAUGCUUGGAGAAAACCUGCUGCUGCCGUCUGGCGCAGCCACUGAGGCUACGGCAGGCGCUCUGUUUUGGAGCCAGUAUGGCAGACUGUUGUAUCGUGCUGGUCGAGGUGAUGCCAUCUAUGAUCCCUCAAUGAAUGUGUUCCUUAAUGGCACGUCUCGUCCUAAACCUACGUUCCGCACGACCGACUAUCCGCGCAUUCUCGAGAGUGCACGCUGGUGGCUAAGCGGAUUUUUUAACAAUGUUGGAGCCAACAGCUCCUAUUCAUUGUACGAUCUUACCAUCAUGUCGGAGGAUGAUGGCUUUAACACCACACUCUCCUCGACUUCAACUUGCACCAACGGUAGCAGCAAUGGGGACUUUGAUGUUGCUAGAUUUUAUCCAAAAUUGACAAAGAACGCCCGAGAGCGCUUCGCGGCUCUUUUGCCACAGGACUUCAACCUCACCACCAUGGAUGUCUAUGCUAUGUUCAGUAUGUGCCCUUAUGAGUAUGCGACUCUGGGUCAGUCCUCGUUCUGUGCACUUUUCACAGAACAAGAGUGGAAAGACUUCGAGUAUGCCAUUGACAUGAUGUUCUACGGCAACAACAACUUUGGAUCCCCCAGCGGCCGCGCACAAGGUAUUGGAUAUGUGGAAGAGGUAGCCGCGCGUUUGCAGUCGCAUCUGAUUAUGAAAAGCGACAGCAGCAUCAACUCCACCUACGAUGACAACACUCACGAAUUCCCAUUGCACCAGCUAAUGUACAUGGACAUGUCCCACGAGACCGUGAUUGUCGCCGUGCUGGCCGCUCUAGGCGUGAACUAUUUCAAGUACGGUCCGCACGGUAUGCCUAGUGACGUCCCUCACGCUGUUCCACGCAACUUCGUCAUGCGCAAGGUUGCCCCAUUUGGUGCUCGUCUAUUUACCGAGGUUUGGACUUGCCCGAGCGACGUCAACUUCAACAAUCUUCAGAAUCAAAUGUAUAGCAACCCGGAUUUGUCGUCGACUUCGAAUACAACCGACUAUAUUCGCUUUGUGUUGAACAAUGCUCCCGUACCCGUUGAGGGGUUGGAAGCUUGCAAGGGCUCGCUCAACGGGUUCUGUGACAUGAAGAAGUUCUUAAAUUAUGUUCCUGAACUAGUCAAGCAGGCUAUGUACCAAGAGGCUUGCUUUGGGAAUUACAACACUACCAUCCAGGUUGCGAAUGGUCAGCCUGUCCAGUCCUAA